AUGACAGGAAUAUUUGAAGGAAUCGAAAAAAGAGUUGUUAUGAAAUUAAAGAAGAAUUUUUUCUGUAAUGAAAAAAUAAAAUCGUUAUUGGAUAUUUCAGAUGAGUUUUGGUCAGAAAAAUUGAAAUUAAUUGGAUGCACUAUUAUAUCAAAAAUAGAAGAAGAUACUAAUUUAUCUAAUAAUGAAAAAUGUAGAGUAUAUUUAUUAUCUGAAAGUUCCUUAUUUAUUCAUGAUAAUGUAUUAUUUCUUAAAACAUGUGGGAGAACUAAAGUUUUAUUUUUUAUUCCAUUUUUAGUUGAUUUGUUGUUGUAUAUAUUAAAAAAUAAAAGUAUUUUAGAUAAAAAUUGUAAGCAUGAUGAGACAUUUCUAGAAAAUAAUGAUUUAAGUGAAAUAACUGAUUUCAUAAAAAAUAAUUUUGAGUAUACUUUUUUUACACAUAUGAAUUAUCAAAACAUAUCAGAAAAUGGGCAUUAUGAACAAGAAUAUCCUCAUAAAACAAUUGAAGAUGAAAAGAAAUUUUUUCGAUUUUUUUUUAGCUCUAUGAAAUUUGUUAAUACUCCAUUACCUUUAGAUAGAAAUCAUUAUAUUUUUUAUGCACGAGUAAAUAAUACUUUUCCAUAUGCAAGUUAUAAAUUUUGUUCAGAAUUACUUUUAUUUGAUAUUAAAAAACAUGAAGAAAGAAAAAAAUUUCAUAGAAUAUACUUAAAUAAAGAUUCAAUGAAUAUUUUUCAUAAAAAGAAUGAAAAUUUUAAAUUAUAUGAUGAAAAUGAAAAAGCAGAAGAUUACAGUAGUGAUAUUUUUUAUGUAAAAAGCACAGAAGAAGAAGGAUACGAAGAUGAAUACUUUAAUGAUGAAGUAGAUUACUGUGAGAAAAGCAAUAACGUAAUAAAUUUUUCAGAAGAAUCAUCUAUAAAUAUGGAACAAAAUCUUAUUAUUGAUAAGAAAAAAUAUAUCUCGAAUACAUAUUUGAAAGAUCAAGAAAAAAAUGAAAAAUCAUCAGAAGAAAACAAUAGUGAAGAUACCAUUACUAUUAAAAAAGAAGAUUAUUAUAAUUUUAUGCAUGCAUGCGAAGAAGACAUAAACAUAUUUUCAUAUCCAAAUAUAAUUAAAACUAGUUGUAACAAAGAUCAUUUGGGUAUUUCAGUUUGCACUAGUAACACAAUUAGUACGGAUGAUGAAAUUAAAACAAAAAAGGAAAUAAGGAAUGAUAAAGAAAGGAAAGGUACUUUUUUAAAUGGAAAAUGUGUUCAUAAUACUAAUAACAAGGAAGUAGAAACAUAUUGUAGUGUAAGGGAACAUUUUGAUUUACAAAGUUCAUUUACAAGUAUGAAAAAUGAUUGUGCACUUAAUUAUUUAGAGAGGGGAAAUACAAAAUUAUAUAAUUAUAACGAUGAAGAUUUAUCUAAUAUUUCAAUUAAAAAUGUUGAUACAGAUUUGUAUGAGUGUAUUAAUAAAAAUAAAGAGAGCUUUUCGUAUAAUGAAUACUAUUUUACUCCUUGUGGUUAUUCAUGCAAUGCUAUACAUAAGAAUAAUUACUUUUGCGUUCAUUACUCUCCUGAAGAUUUAGUAUCGUAUGUUUCUAUUGAAAUUUCAAACAAUUUAGAAUAUGAAAGUUACUUAAAAUUUAUAAAUAAUCAAUUAAAUUUUUAUAAUGGAAAAUAUUUAUAUAUUAUUAAUUAUUUAAAUGAAUGUGAAACAAAUGAAAAUAUUAUAGAAAAUGCAAGCUCCGAAAAUAAAUCAGAGAAAACGGAGAUAUAUUACGACAAUAUACAUGAUUCUUAUUACAUAAAAAACAAGUUAAGUAAAAAUUUUGCAAUUAAUAAUCAACAAUACUAUAAUUUAGUUUUAUUUAAAGAACAGUUUAUUGAUUUUCUUAAAAUUCAAUAUUUCGUUUAUGAACUGAAAAACAUAAAUGACGUUAAAAUAUUCCCACUCCUUAGUGAAAUCAAAAAUAUAGAAAAAAAUUAUAAUAGUGAUAUAUUAGGAAAAAAAAAAUUUUUGAAUGAUAUUUAUGAAUAUUCAUAUAAUUUUUGUAAAAAAAAUAAAAUAACGAUUGUUGAUAUGAACUCACUUGAAAAUGAUCAGAUGAAUAAAUUUAAAAUUUUUAAAAAAGAUUUCUUGAAUUUUUCAUAUGUUGAAAGAAAAAAGGAUGAAAGUGUUACUAAUAAAAAUUAUGAGAAAAUAAAUAAAAACGGGGAUCUAAAUAAUUGUAAUAUUAAUGAGAAAAAUUAUGUAGAAAUAAAGUAUGCAUGCAAAAAUGGGAUAAAUAAAAGUAAUGAAAGUAAUGCAAAUAUUGAUAAUUAUAGUAAUGAGACUUAUAAUAUUAGUAAUAACAACAGCAUCAAUAAGAAAGAUAGCAAUUUGAAUAUAGAAUAUGAAAGAAAUAAUGUCAAUAAUGAAGUAUGUGAAGCAAUAAAUGAAUGUAAGGAAAAGAAAUAUAAAGAAGGCAUGAUUAGAUUUUUUGAGAAAAAUAUUACUGAGAUGUAUACUUUUGAUAAAAUAUUAAAUGAAAAUAUUGAUACAUCUGUACUAUUAAUUAAUCUAGAAAAAAUUCUUGUUCAGUAUAUAAGAUUUAAAAAAAAUUUACCAAAUGUAACACCCUUUUAUUCAGUAAAAUGUAAUGAUGAUGAAAUUGUAUUAAAAUUCUUAUACGGAUUAAAUUGCAAUUUUGAUUGUGCAUCAGUAGGAGAAAUUAAAAAAAUAAUAACCAUUUUGCCACAAAUAUCAAGAGAAAGAAUUAUAUAUGCUAAUACUAUUAAAAGUAUAAACUCUUUAAUAUAUGCACAAAAAGAGAAUAUUAAUCUUUGUACUUUUGAUAAUAUAGAAGAAUUAAAAAAGAUUUAUAAAUAUCAUCCUAAUUGCUCAUUACUUUUACGUAUCAAUGUUGAUUUCAAAAAUUAUAAAUCUUAUAUGUCUUCUAAAUAUGGAGCUAAUAAAUAUGAAUGGGAAGAAUUACUAGAGUUUGGUAAAAAUCAUAAACUAAAUAUUAUAGGAGUAUCUUUUCAUGUUGGUAGUAAUACUAAAAAUUUAUUUGAUUAUUGUCAAGCAAUAAAAUUAUCUAAGGAAGUAUGGGAUUUAAGCAAAAAAUUUGGAUACAAUUUUGAAAUUUUAAAUUUAGGUGGUGGGUAUCCCGAGGAAUUAGAAUAUGACAAUGUAAAAAAUGAUGAGAAGGUAAAUUAUUGCACCUUAAAUGAAGAAGAAUUAAAAAAAGAUAUAAUAAACUUUUUAAAUGAGAAAAAUGUUUUAAAAAAAAAGUACUUUUCAUAUAAUUUUGAAAAAAUUGCAUUAGCUAUAAAUAUUUCUAUUGAACACUAUUUUAAGGAAAUUAAAGACAAAAUAAAAAUUAUAUGUGAGCCAGGAAGAUAUAUGGCUGCUUCUUCAACUCUAUUAGCUGUGAAAAUAAUUGGCAAAAGACACCCAACUUUUAAAGGAGUUCUCUUGAAGGAUAUAAAGGAACCUUUUAGUUUAUCAAAUAAUAUUAAUAUAAAUGAUGUACAUGGUAAUAUAGAUGAAAAAAAAAAAGAUAAAGUAAUAGAAAAUAAAAUGCAUGAAAAUAUUAUAAAUACUUUAAAUAAUAACAAUUCUAAACUAGGUAAUAUUACAAAUAUAAAGAAAAAAGUAGUUAAUAUUAAUGAUAAUAGAUAUAAUUAUUACUCUUAUUAUGUAAGCGAUAGUAUAUAUGGUUGCUUUAGUAGUAUAAUAUUUGACGAAUAUAAUAGAACACCAAUGUAUAUAAUAAAAAAUGAAAGAAGUUCUAAUGAUAUAUUUAAUUCUCCUUUUUAUUUAGCAAACAUAUUUGGUCAAUCUUGUGAUGGUUUAGAUAUGAUAAAUUCUAUUACUUAUUUGCCUGAGUGUGAUAUAAAUGAUUGGCUUAUUUAUGAAUAUACUGGUGCUUAUACUUUUGUUGGUUCUUCAAAUUUUAAUGGAUUUCCAAAAAGUAAAAAAAUUUAUAUAUAUUCCCAAAAAAACCACUUUAAUUUUUAUUAA